UUUUUUAAAUUUUCAGUAAUUUUUGGUAACUAUUGCACAACUAUAACAAUACAUAUUUAAGGCAUGUUCAUAUAAAAGAUUUUCCAUUCGUGAAUAUCGUCACGUGUCAACCACGCCAUCAUUUUUUCCACGGGUCUUUCCCGCCGUUUGUAUUCCCGUCAUAAGGGCAAGUUCGCAAUCGGCCAUGAUGCGGCGCGGAGAUCGCGCACACGUAAUUGGCGACGCCCUGGUCGCAUCUGCACGUGAUUGGCGACGUCGUCGUCACGUGGUUACUUGCCACGCACGCCGGACAAAGCGAACGCGACGCAACGCGACGACGCGCAAUCAUGGCGACGAUAACGACGACGUGGUAGGGAGGUAAGGGAAAAGAGACGAUGUAAGCCAAUAGAGCGGGAAGGGGAGAGAGCCGAGCGGUGGCGAAACCGAGCGAAGGGAACCGAGUUGAAGCGUGACGCGGGCGAAGAGAGGGGGGGAUAGAGGGGGAGGGCGAAAAGCGCGUAAGCGUAAGCGACGAGCGCUCGCCGCGGUGUGUGUCGGUCGGUCGGUUGGUCGGUCGGUCGCCGCCAUGCUAGUGGUUAGUUUAGUGAACCAAACAUCAUGAUGUGGCAGAACGUUCGACGCCCGUAGCCACGCCGCGUUAACCGGCAACGUUGUCGUUAUGUUAUCCACAGUAACACUCACGACGUUCGAUAAACCUCUAUAAACACGUAACGCGAAAAAGUACAAAAAAAAACACAAUAGUGUUCCAGCGUUUUGUCAUCACGUGUUGCGCAAAUCGUACGGUUCACGGCGUAUCGAAAAUUCUUCCGAAGCGCAUGGUCAAGGUGAUGGAGACGACGCGCACGUCGAGAGGACUGGGGAAGGGUUAAGGGCAUCGCGGACGAGCUCAACUCCGUCGGUCGCGCUUUCCCGCCUUUCGGAUAUCCCGGACGUGAAUCGAACUCGCGCGUCGAAUGUGUUUACUCGUCGUCACACGUGUGCGGCGACAGACAACGGCGACGAAGUAGCGAUGUAUCGAUUCCCUCGAAUCGCGUUGGAGCCUCGAGGAAGAACGGAAAGACAGAUGCUGGAUCCGAGCGUGCUAACGGACCUGGAGGAGCUGACGCUUUGCAGUUGCUGCAAGCAGAAAUACAAUGACGUGGAGCAGUGUCCCAAGUACCUCAGCUGUAAGCACUACUUCUGCCUAAGGUGCAUCGAGACCAGCCUGCUCAAGGGUCGCGAUCUGUUCUGCGCGCAUUGCUGGAAGAAGACGGACCUGGGCGACCAGGGCCCGGAUGCCCUGCCGACUCACUCUGCUCUGCUUGCUCUGGCCAACAACCUGUCGCGUCUCAAGAUCACGACGAACAACACGUCUGGCAAACCAGUCGAUAAGGAGAGAAAGAGCGAGAACUGCCACACUCACGGGAUGCCGCUGGCAUUCUGGUGUGCGACGUGUUGCACAGCGCUUUGCAGAGCGUGCGCGACUCCGCAGGAACACCCGGGUCAUCAGAUCAAGUCGCAAACCGAUGCCAAAGAACAGCUGAUAUCCGACGUUCAAUUGGAGCUAGUUACUGUGGGUAAAUUGUCGACGGAGAUUCAAAGACUGGCCGUGCAGCAACGCGACUUUCUGAUAAGGGUGCUGGAAGCGUGCGUGACGCUGAAGACGCACGUAGAGACGGAUCUACAGAAUGGUUGGAGCCAUUUCCCAGAGAUAACGGACGCGCGCGAGACCCUGGGUAAGACAAGGGCGGGUCUGCAGAUGAGCGAGACUCCAGGCGACGUAUACAGCCUGCACUCGCAACUCGUUCUCGAAAAGCAGAGGUUGCAGUCUAAGUACCAAGAAAUGAUGCUGCAGUGCCAGCUGGAUGAUCUCAUUGGCAAUUCCGGCGUGAUUUUCGACUUCGCUUUGCUAAAGCAGGCAUUGGCGGGUAUCCACACGGGGGAUCCGAUCGUCCCUCAAAACAACGGCGGCCGUCUACCGAAUCAUCUCGCAGCCUCGCAUAACCCGAUAUUGUUCCUUGCAAAUUAUUGCAUGUCGCAACUGUAUACGCGUCACGUGGUCAGCAAGCAGCAGCACAUGCAGAACGGCUCGAUGGAGUAUCAUCAUUCGAGUAUGAUGCCGCCGCCGCAGCAGGCGCCAUCUGUUCACGUUCAUCAGGGUCCGCCCCCGCCACCACCGGGACCGGGGCCGAAUCAAGCUCCCCAGCAGCUCCUCAUUCCACCCGGUUCACCGUCCAUCAAGCCCGUACAGUCCGCGCCGCCCAACGCGAUGCUGCAUCCACAGCAACAGUCGACGUUCAUGUCUGACGCGGUUGGCACCGGCGCCGGCGGCGGCGGCGGCGGUAGUCUAGUGACCGUCCACUCUUCCCCGCAGCCGCCGUCCAACGCGAUAACGGCGACUUUGACGCGGGGCCCCGCGAGUCCGUAUCCCUUAUAUUACUUCAAUAUCGAGGUGAACGGCUCGCCGCACGGACGCAUUGUGAUCGAGGUGCGACCGGACGCGGCGCCGAAGAUGGCGAAGAACUUCAGCGUGCUGUCGACGGGUGAAGCCGGGAUCGGCUAUCAGGGAUGCACGAUAUUCCAGUGUUGGGAAGGUGAGUCCGUCAUUACGGGCGACUUUGAGCUUAACAACGGCCGCGGGGGACGCAGCAUAUUCGAGGAUGGUUACUUCAUGCCGGACGACACCAAGUUCCCGGCGACUAGGGGCGCGGUGGGCAUGAGGCGAACGCAGAAACGGCACGACAACCUCGGCAUGGUCGGCUCGCAAUUUCGCAUAAUACUGCAGGAGAUGCGCGGCUUCACCGGCAUCUUCGGUCACGUGGUUGAGGGACUGGAGCUGGUGGAGAAGAUAUCUACGUUCGGCGACCAGACCGGCAAGCCUACCAAGAAUAUUCUAAUCACGAAGUGCGGUAAAUUGUAACGUUUACGUUGUCGCUGUCGCGCGGUUUGUUGUAACGCGGGGUAAAUCUCCAAGAAAGAUGGAUAUAUACUCCGUAUAUAUUAUAUAAUGCCGUACACAACACGUUUUUCUGCUCUAGAUAACCGAAGGAAAGUCGCCACGGUAUCCCCGACUCGCGCGCGAUCGCGGCCGCGAGAAAAAUCUAUACGUAAGAAAAAAAAAAUGUGCAAAAAAGAAAUCGCGUUACACGUAAUUGUCCGACGACGGGAGACGAUUAUUGUUAUUAUUAUAUCCGCCGCGCGUAUGUCCGCUCGGGGACGUCGUUGCGACACGUUUAUUAGCUCCGCGAUUCCUCGAACGCUCCGUACGAGUCAUGCAACUUAAUUAACUAUUAACAAUAGCGUCUAAAGAUGUCGAAUCUAUUUUUAAAAAGAUGGGCGUUGCGCGAGAAGAAAAAAAAAGAGAUAAAAAUCCAUAUUUUGCUAUUGACUGGGAAUCGAUACGAGAUUCUGCUAACAAUAACGACGAUGAUCGAAAUAUACACACACACACACACACACACACACACACACACACACACACACACACACACACACACACACACACACACACAUACGUACCUCAUCGACCGUGAUAUCGAUACGACUUCUCUAGCUGAUACGACGUAUUUGUUUUUUAGGGAGAGAGAGGUCUGACGUUUAUUUGGCUAUUAUCGGCAUUAACUCUUCUACGACAUUGUAGUUCAUAGAACGCGCGCCGCGCGUUGAACGUGAUAUAAUGGAGAAAAUAAUACCGCGCGAAUCGCGGCAGGCGAUUCUCCGGCCAGCUGCGGGCGCAGCUAAUGUUUUAGGUCGUAGAUAGCGAAUAAAAAGGGGAUAAAAAGAGCACGCGUAGAUCGGGGAAUUUAACUGUAGCGAACUAUCGGGAGGUAAUCGAAUCGUGUGUCGUAUACGCGAGGCACACGUCUACGAAAGAACGAAAGAGACAAAUCUACAAAGGAGUAAAUAUUUCGACUCUUUCGAUUCUUGUUCUUUCAUUUUUUUCAUCACGAUCUUCGCGACUUCCUGCUAAAAGUCGCAAGUCGCGCGAUUCCAUGUACGCAGGUCUCUCGUUUAGAAACCUUAGCCGGGAGAGAGGAAGAAGAGAUAUCGGCAUAGUUAAUCACGUAGGAGGGCAGUUUAUGGUUCGUCGGACACGACGAUCGCGUGUCGUUCCGUUCCGUUCCAGAGGUGCGAGGAAAAAGAGCCAAAAGGGAAGAGAGAAAAAGUAAAGGAAAAAAAAAAGAAAAAUAAAAAGAGAUAUUCGUCGCGCGCGCGCCUCCUGCGAGGAAGAAUCUUGCGAUACCGCUGCUCGGAUACUUGCGGUUCAAACCCGUUCCCUUUUCGUUCUUUGCGAACUAGCGAACCGUCGUGGAUUAUAUCUGUAUUUAAGAUUAGAUCUCAAUACGUCGCAAAUGUAUGCAAGGCCUAAAACACUACUAUGUAGACUGUAAGCCUCGUGUCGUCUAAUCGGAAAUGAACGAAAGAAAAAAAAUGAAGAAAUGUGCGGAUAUAUAACGUAUACAUAUACAUAUAUAUAUACAUAUACAUAUAUAUAUAUAUAUAUAUAUGUGUGUAUAUAUAUAUUAAACGAAUCAUUCCUCGAUGCUAUAUAUCGAAAGAAUACUACGAUAUAAUGUAAACUGCGUUAUAGCUACUCGUCUGAAUCCUCGUAAUGAAGUCCCAUGCGUUAUUAUCGUUACAUAUAUAUAUAUAUACUGUCACACACGCGCGCGCGUACGCGGGAGCGGACGCGAGUAUCUCUCUCUCUCGCGAACACACGUGCGUGCGUAUAUAUCUUCACGCGCGUACAAGGCAAGGCACACUCACGCGUAAUAAGCAGAAAUUGCACGCCCUCGCGUCGUCGCGGAUAUAUGCCUUCUCGAAAAAAAGCCUCAUUCGAUGUUGAACUUGAAAGUUUUAACACUUGUUGAUUAGCUGAUUAUAAAAAGGAGAAAAAAAAAAAGAAGAAACGAACGCGUCUCUCGCGAUAAUCUUGACGCGAUGCGAAACGCGUCACGUUGUGUGUCGUUUUUAGGAAUAAAUAAACUCGCUCCUGUACGAUCAGGUGCGGAAACGCUGUUCGGUUCGAGUGUGAUGAGGCUGAAUUCGCGCUUGCAUCGAACUCGCAUCUUUUUUUUUUUUUUUUUCCCCCCUAAAAAAGAGUCAGAGGCCAGACAUAAAUGACAGAGAAAGCUCAACGAGACUUGAAAAAUCUGCAUGCGAGCGCAAUUCGUUCUCUCCGCGUUUGAAUCGGACAGCAUUUUUGCUCUCGGUUGCACAUGUACAAUAUUGUAUACACGACGACCGUAAGGGGGGUUGAGGGGGGGAAAUUGCAUGAUUGUGUGUUCGAACGGAUGGAUGAAUGAACGAAUUCUCUCGUUUCGGUCCCAGACGGGGAAGACUCCGACAAACUGUAACUCUUAGUACGUAAUCAUAGAUGCAAUCGUGUGAGGAACAGAACAUAUUGUACCGAAGCGAGUGAUAGAUCAGGCCCACUUGUACACGUACACAUACAUGAGAUACAUACACACAGAUCGACACACAGAUACUGAUACCUAUGCGCGCGCGUAUAUAUAUAUAUAUAUAUAUAUACACACAUAUAUAUAUAUACAAAUAUAUAAAUUACGUAUAUUUUUAUGAACGUGAUGAGGUAACAACGCAUAGCUUGUAAUAUCGAUUCUAACGAUCGACCGAUUUACCUUGCCCCUCGCGUGCGAUUAAACGAUUGAGCGGCUGUAAGCACUUGGACAAGUUUUUUCCUCGUCUUUCUACCUCGCCAUUAUUUCCCUCCGUUUUCUUAUUUCCGCUCUUUUUUCUCUUUCUCUUACUUCCCACUCUCGUUGCGAUGAUCAUUGAAAACGCAAAGAUCGUGAAUUUUUUUUUUCAGGUCCGCGGUAAUCAAGUACCGUAGGAGCCAUCGUUUAAACGAAUUUUAUUAUUUCAUUAUACAUGUAUGAAGUGAACGUUUAUUGCUCCAACUUAAGUGUACUUUUAAUCAAUCGAUUUUGAGUUAUAAAUUGUUCUUUCUCCUUU